AUGUUUGGUGCUCAGCCAUGUCCCUUUCAAGUACACAUAAACAAACAUCUUCGCGCACUAUUUCCCAACUUUUCAAGGAUGAGUAACAACAAAGGGUGCAUCCGGCUGACGCCGUCAAUGAUCCCUAAGUAUCUCAAUUUCGACGACAGAGAUUCAUCAUUCUUUCGCAAGUGGGAUGAGCUGCCUUCCCCAAAGGAUGUCCAGGCCCAGGCCGAAGCCCAACGUCUUGUGGGAUUCAACCCCAACCCUAGAAGAGACUACCAAAGCGCUGUGCCCUCUUUUGUAAAACCACAACCCGCGGUCUUUGCAGACAUGGGCCUCCUUGUUAACUGGGGACGCACGGAGCGUAUUUCCGAGGCCCAGACCAUAUUUGCGCUCCGCCGAGUUUUGUACGAUCUUGUUCCUGUUCCCGAGCUGUACGGGUGGCGUACAGAUGGAGAUCUAAAAUACAUCUACAUGGAGUACAUCAGAGGGCAGACCCUGGAGCAAGCAUGGGAUGACUUGGAACCUGAUGAUAAAGUUUCGAUCUCACGCGAGCUUCGCACAAUAUGGGCCAAUCUGCGUCGCUUUGAGCAGGACCCUUCAGAUCCGUUCGUGGGUAUGCUUCAGCACCCUACGGUAUGUUUCGCUUGA